AUGUCUUACCAGACAAAGCAGCCCACCCCCCAACCCCCAGUGGGCAGCGGGAAAACCUCUGGCGGCGGCGGCAAAUCCGGCGACGGCGGCUCCGGUGGUUCCGACGGCGGCUCCGGUAAAGGCGUCAAGUCCUCCGGGAGCUGUGGCAGCUCCGGCGGCGGAGACCACUCUGUUGGUGGCGGCUCCAGCUGCGGCGGGGGCUCCUCCGGGAGCGACGGCUCUGGAGGCUGCAGAGGAGGUUCCGGUGGGAAGAACUCCAGCGGCGGCGGUUUUUCCGACCAGAAGGUCCAGGGCCAGAGCCACGGAGGCGUCUCUAGUGGUGCCUCUUCCGGGGACGGCUCCUCCGGGUGCGGCUCCGGGGGUAGCCAGGGCGUCCCUGUUUGCCAUCAGACCCAGCAGAAGCAGACGCCUUCCUGUCCAUGCAAAUAA